UCGAUUUUAACGUACGACUGGGCGUACUACCCCGAGGCACACUAUUAUAUUUCAUAUAACUUGUUCGAAGAUAUUACUUAUGUAGUACCGCAACUUGCUGUUGGAUGUCGCCACUUUUAGAGAUAGAUCAAAGCAAAAUAUGCUGUGGAUCUGACUUCAUACAUCCCCUCUUUGUCUACCUCUUUGUCCAUCUCUUAGGUCCUUUGUUCCUUCAUUCGUUUCUUGGCGUUGGAUCAAGCCACAUAUCUACAAUGGAGUCAGAAAAUUCAACGGCAGACAGGAAAGCAGCUUACAAAAGAAGACUAAAGGAAUUGGAGACUGAAAUGAAUAGCGUUUUUCAAGAUAUGGAGGAUCUUAAUAAAUCACAUGAGGAAGAUUCAGAAUUGACUUUCGAAGAUGUAAUCAAUCAUGAGAAGAGUACGGACAAAAUGGCGGAACCAGAGGAAUCUGAGACGGUUCAUGAAAAUUUCGAGUCGGAUGAGGCCUGUAUUUAUUUGGGUGAUAAUCCUUCUAAUGACACAGAAGAUUUAAUUUUGCUAGAAAGCAUCGCUAACCGCUUAAAGUCUUGGACAAAAAAGGGAAUAGGAAAAAAGGAGAUUAAGGAGGAACUCUUAUCCUCAAUCCCAAGGAAAGGUGCGGUCAAUUUAGAAGCUCCUAUUUUGAAUGAAGAAGUCUUAGUGGAUAUCCAUCCAAAAUCGCUGAUUCGUGAUGAAUUUUUUCGUGAUUAUCAAAAUUUGACAGGCGCCGCUUUAGCAUCCUCAUCGUUGGUUUUAAGUAUGAUACUAAACGACUCGCAAAAUCCUUUGGAAAGAGAAGAUGUUCUAAAAAAACUCUCAGACACAGUGAAGCUUCUCUCCGAACUAUUCUUCUCAUUGACAUCAGCUAGAAAGACUUUUCUACUUGGUAGGUACGAGGAACGUGUACAAAAAAUUCUAAAGAAGGUCGAGCCAUCAGCUUUACUUUUUGGAGACAACUUAAGGUCUCUCAUAGAAUCCUCGAAGGCGAUGGAGAGGGUUUCAAAGGAGUUGAAACCAAAACAGAAAUACCAGUCUAAACCAUCUACUAGUAGCAAUUUAAACUGGAGGAGCUCUACGAUCAGAAGAGAGGUGGGUCGUGGGAGCCAUUCUUACAACCGCCAAAGGACAACCACCUCGAAACCCUCGGGAAUGCCAAUAUCAUUCAAGCAGAGGACUCCUGCAAAGAGAUAUUACACACAAUCUCAGCCUCAACAGAGGAGUCAGCGACAUUAGAGGAGAGUAAAAAUGGUCCAUCCGAUGGCAUCCAGUCUUAUCCUGGUUUCCGGCAUUGUUUC